CCGACGCCCAGUUUCGCGAGGGUUUCGGUCCGGGCUGAAGUCCCCAACCAAAACCCUCCUUCCUCGUUCUGCUACUGCUACCGACCAGAACGCUCACUGCUCUCCUGCAGGCACUCCUUUUCUAACUCCACUAACCCUCAGGAUCAGCGGAAUCGAUGAGCAGUUGGCGGGCGCUUCUUCUUCGGGUGGGCGAUAAGUGCCCAGAGUACGGAGGCUCAGUCGACUACAAAGACCACAUAGAAACAUGUCACAGUACGCUCUCGCGAGAAUUUGAUCACUCUAAAGAUGAAAUACUCGAGCUUCUUCUUCAGUGUGCUGAACAGUUGCCACAUAAAAUUCCAUUUUAUUCAGUAUUGGUUGGCCUCAUAAAUUUAGAGAAUGAAGAUUUUGGAAAGGAUGUCGUAGAUGCUAUCCACUCUAAACUACAAGAUGCUUUGUUGUCAGAAAAUUGUGACAAAAUCCGCAUAUCCUUGAGGUUUUUGACAGCACUGAUGUGUAGCAAGCUUGUCCUCCCUAGUUCUGUUAUUGAAGUCUUUGAGACACUUCUAUCCUCUGCUCUGUUAACUAUAGAUGAGGAGGCUGGUAAUCUGUCUUGGCAGCCAUGUGCCGACUUCUAUGUCACCUGCAUUUUGUCCAGUCUUCCAUGGGGAGGCACAGAAUUGAUAGAGCAAGUGCCAGAGGAGUUUGAUAGAGUCAUUGUUCAGAUACAAUCUUAUUUAUUGGUCAGGAAGCGCUCGUAUGAUAAUAGUUUCACUGCAUUUGAGACUGAUGGAGACAAAUCUGUCACUGAAAAGGAUUUUCUAGAAGAUUUAUGGGAUCGUAUACAAGCUCUUUCCUCUAAUGGAUGGAAGGUUGAUAGUGUUCCAAGGCCUCAUCUAUCCUUUGAAGAGCAAUUGGUCACUGGAAAAUCUUACAGUCUUCCUCAUAUCAGCUGUCCAAAGCAAUCUGCAACUUCACAGUCUACAAUAUCCAGAGAAAAAGAUAAUUAUGAAGUCAAGCUGAAGUAUCCUCAAAGGCUCCGUCGACUUCACAUAUUCCCUUCAAGCAAAACUGAGCAUAUACAGCCUAUUGACCGGUUCAUUGUGGAAGAGUAUUUGUUAGAUGUGCUGCUUUUCUUCAACGGAUGGUGGGUUAUAUCACUCCCAUGUUGUCUUAACAUAGCUUCUCUUGAGUUUUAAAUAAUUGUGAGAUGGUUCAGCUGAAGGA